AUGAGCCAUCUACCUUGUGCGUCAAAGAAGAAAAACCAUGUUCCGCACCCGGCCCUUUCCGACCAUGUCGUGGAGGAGAUCUUCGCGCGGCUUCCGGCCAAGAUGGUGUUCAGGCUCCGCUGCCUCUCACGCGCUUGGUCUGCUACGCUCUCCUCCGACGGUUUCGAGGACCUCCAUCUACGCGCCGCAAACCUCCACGGCGGCCCUAGGAUCAUGUGCAUGGACGACGACGACGAUUACGGGGGGACACGAAAGGGGCUCGCAUCGUCGCUCGACCGCCCCGGCGGCGCACCGUUCCUGGACGCCCCGCGGAUCAUCACGGGAUACUGUUAUCCACCCCUCAUCACCCCGGACAUGCAUGAUCACCCGCGCUACAAGAGAGCUCCGCACCUCACCACGCAACCCUGCCGCGGCCUCGUCAUCCUAGAAGCUGUGGAAGCAAGGCUCUUCCAUGUCUUCAACCCAUCCACCGGCCAGAUUGCGACCCUACCAGAGGGCCGAACAACGGGCCCUAGAACUCAUUAUGGCCCAUACUAUGCAUACUUCGGGCUCGGCUAUGACGCGCACACCUGCAAACACAAAGUUGUACGCGUUCAUUACCGCGGCCGCGCCGGGCGACUCCCACUAUCCACGGGAACUGGAUGCGAGAUCUACGACAUAAAUAGCGCCAACUCCGAGGGAUCAUGGCGCACCGUCAUCGGUGCGAAGCCGACAUGCUGGAUAGACUCUUACAGCAGAAGCGUCUUCAUGCAAGGGCACUGCUAUUGGUUAGCACACCGGAAAUUGUGCCCUCGAGAGGAUCUGAUUCUUCUCAACUUCUCCAUCAGAAACGAGACAUUUGGGAUCGUAUCGCCACCGCCGGGCUUGCGCGACGACUCUCGGUAUCAUCAUAGCAAUUACGACCUGACGGAGCUCAAUGGAAGACUAUGCAUUUUCCGCCAAUUCUCCAGGUGGCAUGAGCAGUACGAUGUGUGGCUCCUAAACCGAAUUGGAUCGGAUACAGAUUGGCAUCUUCACUGUCGCAUUGACCUAGCCAGGGCGUUCCCGCAGCUUACCAAGUUCACGUUCAUGCCCUACAACGACAAUGAGAAGCAUGGAUCUUCCAUGGCCCCACUUGCAAUUGUCGACGACGGCCGUCGCAUCCUGCUCACAGAACAUGACACACCAACAGCAAUAUAUGCAUAUACUACCGACACCGGCUACACUGAGAGCCUCAUUGACAUGAGCUUCAGGAACGUAAACCUGGCUGCAGUGUACGAGGAAAGCAUCGCCUCUCCCGGGUGCCAGCCAUGUGAGGAGAUCGCCCUAAUUUCCUCAUCAUCUACACAGGCCUUGUUGGCAAUAUUACGUCUGCUGCCAGAGCAUACCCGUGCAAACCUUAAGCUUGUCUGUCGAAGUUGGCGCUGCAUGGUCGAAAGUGACAUCUGGCGGUGCAUAAAACACACAUAUUAA